CAGCCCUGGAGGCAGGCCCCCGUCCGGGCAUCUUAGAAACCCUGCGGUUCAUCAUGAAGUUCCAGUAUAAGGAGGACCAUCCCUUUGGGUAUCGGAAAAAGGAAGGAGAAAAGAUCCGGAAGAAAUAUCCGGACAGGGUCCCUGUGAUCGUGGAGGAGGCACCUAAGGCCAGGGUGCCUGGUCUGGACAAGAGGAAGUCCCUAGUGCCCUCUGACCUCGCUGUUGGCCAGUUCAACUUCUUAAUCCGGAAGAGGAUCCAUCUGAGACCUGAGGACGCCUUAUUCCUCUUUGUCAACAACACUAUCCCUCCCACUUGCGCCACCAUGGGCCAGCUGUAUGAGGACAACCAGGAGGGGGACUGCUUUCUGUAUGUGGCCCACAGCGAUGAGAGUGUGAAUGGGGAGUGA